CUCCUUGGUUCUAACCAGUUAACUGUCCCCUCUCCCCUCUUUUCCCCCACUCUCCUUCACUCUUCCGUCAUGCCUCUCUCCCCUCCCUCUCUCUCUCUAUUUCCUCCUAUUCCUCUUUUGCUGUUUCUCUGGCUGGCUCUCGUGGGCUCUCGCAGGAGAGUUUGGAGAGGUGUGUCGUGGUCGCCUCAAGCUGCCCGGGCGCCGGGAGAUCAUCGUAGCCAUCAAGACUCUCAAGGUGGGCUACACUGACCGCCAGAGGCGAGACUUCCUGUCUGAGGCUUCCAUCAUGGGCCAGUUUGACCACCCCAACAUUAUCCGCCUGGAAGGUGUGGUCACCAAAAGUCGGCCAGUGAUGAUUGUGACUGAGUUCAUGGAGAAUGGAGCACUGGACUCUUUCCUAAGGCUCAAUGACGGGCAGUUCACAGUUAUCCAGCUGGUUGGCAUGCUGCGUGGUAUUGCAGCAGGCAUGAAGUACCUGUCAGACAUGAACUACGUGCACAGAGACCUGGCUGCACGUAACAUCUUGGUCAAUAGUAAUCUGGUGUGUAAGGUGUCCGACUUCGGCCUAUCUCGUUUCCUCGAGGAUGACCCUACAGACCCUACAUACACCAGCUCCCUGGUGAGUCAGAGAAUAAGUGUCU